CCCCUGCGAGUCAGCACCCUCCGCGGCCGGCUCCCGGGGCCUUCGCUGCGCGCGCGGCAUCGCAGCCCCCCGGGUAGGGGGAGGAGCGAGCCCCACACCCUUCUGUGGGGGCAGAGCCAGCCCGCCGCCCCUCCCCGCGGCGAGCUGCGGAGUGCAGCGAUCCGGGGGAGGGAGAAGGAGGAGGAGGAUGACUUCAUGCAGCCGGAGCGCUGUGAAUUUGGGAGCUUCAGCUGGCGCUGGGAUGCGGGGAGUGGAGUGACAGCGUGAGGCGCGGACACAGACCCCCCCACUCCCGCACUGAGCUACGGCCGCCCGGGGGGUCCCCAACGCAGCAGCAGUAGCAAGGCGCGGGGGAGGACGAUGCACUGAGUCGGUCGCUGGGCAGGUACUGCUAUGUGGAUAUUUGUUAGCAAUGACUGAUGUGGAAUCUACAUAUGCAGAUUUUAUUGCUUCAGGAAGAACAGGUAGAAGAAAUGCAAUACAUGAUAUCCUGGUGUCCUCUACAAGUGGGAACUCUAGUGAACUAUCCCUAAAGUUAUCAGAACUUGAUAUAAAUAAAAGAGAAGGUGAAGGAGAUGCACAAAGAAACCCAACUGAACAAGCUGGGGAGACCCAGGGGGAAGCAGCGAAACAAGAAAGCUGACGUCCAACUUUGACCGACAGGAGCAGCUGCUGGAUGUUUUCAGACUGCAGGAGUUUACUGGAACAAAUUUGUUUCCAUGAGCAAGCUGGUGGAAAAGAAAAUGGAUGCGUUUCACUGCUGGAACCUGCUCAACAUAAUGCUAAAAAUGGGGAUGCAGACUGUGACAGCAGACAGAAUUUGUUCUACCUCUGUCAUUAGCAAUGGUUGAAACAUUACUAAUUGUGGGACAUUGUCAUCGGAUGAAUCUUUUCAUAACAACCACUUGAUGGGAAUGCUUGUAGAAAGUAGAACAAAGUAGAUAAUUCUUGUAGCAAAUGGUCUUUGAACCAUCAGAGGAUUUAAUUGUGUUCUGUGGCAAAGGUUUGAGUGAUCCUCAGAGUUUAAAAUUCUCUGGCCAAAGUGAUCACCUAGUAAAAGAACUAUAUAGAAAGCACUGGUUUUAGAACUCUGCAUCUGUGAUUUACAGCUCUGUUAUUUACAAUGUUUUGUAUUGUACAACUUAUAAGCUCCACCCUGCCCUGUCUCAAAUGCUUAUGAAGAAUAUUUCUGUUACUGUGAAUUUUUCUACCACUUGUUUGAAAGGGCUGUUUUUUUGCAUAAUGUGGUGGUUUGCACAUGACAAAUUAAAAUGUCAACCGCUAAAUUGAUUAUGCCUAAAACUAUUGACUCAUCAGCACUCCAAUUUAUUACUAGAUGAGCCUUCAGAGUGAUUCACUAAUGUGAAUAUUCCCUCAGUUGGGUAUGUUUUGUGUCUGUGGUACAAGUCAGCCACUUGACUGUAGUUAAUUGCAGAUCAGGGAUUCGAGCUGAAUCUUUACAUUUUGUUUUUUCCCAGUAUUUUUUCUCUGAUUUAUUAAUCUUUCUCUGGGCUUUUUUUUAAUAAAAUAAAGUCCAAUCAUUUUAUUAUUGUUGUUUUAGAGUAAACAUAUAACCUGUAUGGUUUGAAAAACAUUGAUUUGAAAAUAAUGAAGCCAGUGGUGCUGAUGAAGCUGUGGUUCCUGCUGUUAAACCUAGCUCUUGUCUACAUGAGAGAAAUUGACCAGCCUGGCUGUUCCAGAACAACCAUUCUGGAAUAACUAUUCUGAUAUAAUUGAAGCUAUUCUGGAAUAACUCCCCUCUGUGGACUUUCGAUUCUAGAAUGAAAGCGAUUUUAUUCCAAAAUAACUCCUUUGCUUUUCUGAGAAGAUUAUUUAUUUAUUUUGGAAUAAAGUCACUGUGAUUCCAGAAUAAUGUGUCCACCUGUGUAAAUUACUUUGGAAUAACUAUUCUAGAAUAAGGUGUUCUGUAAUAGCUAUGAUGGUCAAUUUCCCCUGGGCAAAAAAGGCCAUAGAUCUACACUAGUGCUUAGUCUUGGAGCAAUCCCAUGUCUCCCUGAUCUAGGUGAGUGAGAAGGAUGACUACUACUGUGGCAACUGCAUGGGCACCAAUCACAGAGUAAAAAGAAGAGAAGCCUUUUUUUUUUUUUUAAUUAAUAGACAGUGAUGUCAUUUUUUUUCCUUUGGUUUCGAAUGUUAUGCACUUUUUAAUGUUUGUAAAUUCUUACUAAUUACUAGUGUGAUUGCUUUCUGGUAUAUUAGUCAUCAGUUAAUGAAACAUUCUUUACUGUUAUGCCAUGGCUGUUGUUUCUACAAUAUGUAUCAUGAUACUUGUCACAUGAAAUUUUUUGUGAGAUGUGUAAACUCUCUGAUCAGUAUUAUGAGCUCAUUUAUUAGUGUUAAUAAAUAACAAACCAGCA